CCAUCACCUUUUGAACCUGCCAAAUAUCAUCGUAAAACACAUUCCCACCACGUAGCCUCUUUGCAAUUACAGGCAUUCGGACAUGCACAAGAAGUGGAAGAUUUGGACUUCUUUUCCGAUUUUGCCAUUCGGGCAGGAUAUGCUUUAGGAAUCCCAUUAUCAAAAGUACAUUCACUCAAAACGACAAAAUCACUUUGGACAGUUCCAAAAGGUCCUUUUGUACACAAAAAAAGUCAAGAAAAUUUUGAAAGAAGAACGAAUCGUAGAUUGAUCAAAGUUUGGGAUGCAGAUGUUGAAGUUGUGGAAAAAUGGUUACACUUUUUACGCAUUCAUGCAAUGGAAGGCGUUGGAAUGCGUGCAGAAGUGUUUCGUCAU